GGAAGUCAUUAUUUGGGAUGGAUUCUUCUUUAAUUCUUCAGCAUGUACGCCUGCGUCCUCCUCCAUUCAUAAUAAUACUCUCCGAUAUAGGAUCUACCGGCGUGCCCCCUUUGUUUAACCUAUGGAAUUUCACGGAGACAAGGAAUACGCGAUGGAUUUUCACUCACAACCAGCUACCCCCACAAAGUAUCAGGAAGUGCCAAAUGAAGGCAGCAGCUCUUACGUUGAACGUCAUUGGGUCCCGCAAUGUCCUGAUAACUACAUUCCAAAGGUCGGCAUGGUUUUUAAGGACUUGGAUGAUGCUAUUCGUUUCUAUCGUGCUUAUGCUGCUGAGGCGGGGUUUGAUGUGCGCAAGACUACCACUACAAAGAAAAAGGGCUCUGUUGUUUGGCAAUACGUUGUAUGUAGCCGUGAGGGUAAAAAACAUGUCCCCACAAUCUCCCACAAUGAUGCAUCACAUGACAAUGGACAGGCUGCAUUAUCUAAACCUGGGAGAAGAAGACGCGUUUCUAAGCGCAUAGGCUGUAUGGCACGUGUUGCAUUUCGCAUCCUUGGACAUGAUGGUUACGAGUCCGUUGGUGGGUAUUCAAGUGUUGGUGCUACUGCUGUGGACUUCAAAAACUUCAAACGCGAUUUGAAGGCCUAUAUUGCUGGUGGAGAUGCUCAAAUGGUCAUUGAUAAAUUAUUCCGAAAAUCAGAAGUAUGCCCUGGAUUUAGGUUUGAUUAUGAAGUUGACGAGUACGACCAGCUUUCCAGGCUAUUUUGGUGUGACGCUGCAGCCAGGAAAAGCUACUCCCUGUUUGGUGAUGUGGUCUCCUUUGAUGCCACAUAUACAACCAACAGGUCACANCUGUCAAGCGAGGACGCUGAGUCAUAUUCAUGGUUGUUGAGAUCAUUCAUGAACGCGAUGGGGAAUGCUCCAAGCUGCAUCAUAACUGAUCAAGAUCCUUCAAUGCGAAUUGCAAUUGAAGAAGUCUUACCGCAAACCAAGCAUCGGUAUUGCAUGUGGCAUAUUAUGAACAAACUAUCAGGGAAAGUUGGUCCGGUGUUAAGCAAGGAUACGGAAUUCAUGACUCGCAUUAAUCAGGUGGUCUGGACUCAUUACUUGGACAAAAAAGAAUGGAAAGCACAAUGGCGCAGUGUUAUGGCAGACUACAACCUCACGGAGCAUUCGUGGUUCAAGUCAUUAUACACGUUACGUAAGUUUUGGAUUCCAGCUUAUUUCAGGGAUCUAUUUAUGGCCGGGCUUUUGCGCACUACGUCUAGAUCAGAGAGUGAAAACAGUUUCUUUGAUGAUUUCACCAACCGCAACUUUAGCCUAGUUGAAUUAUUAAUGCAAUUCGAGAGUGCAAUGGAGGACCAGCGGUUCAAAUUUACUCGUUUGAACUCAGAAUCCGAGUCGGGAAUUCCAGUGUUCAAAACCCCAUUAAAGAUUGAGAAACAUGCUGCAUCGUUAUUCACUCUCUCUAUCUUUUAUGAUGUGCAAAAAGAGAUUUGUGCAUCCUGCUUUUCAUGCGCUAUUGUAGGUAUCCAAAACAGUGAGGAUGCUUCCGAGUAUCAGAUCAGCGAUGUAAGUGGGAUGAUUUCAACUGUCUGCUACUGUCAACGCAAUGGGACCACGCACUGCAGUUGCAAAAACUACGAACGCAUUGGCUUGCUAUGCAGGCACAUAUUUGUUGUUUUCAAAAAUCUGAAAAUAGAAAAGAUCCCCGACUUGUAUGUUACCAACCGCUGGUGCAAAUUCCAUUUGCUCAAACCAAUGUUCGAUGUCGGUGGCUCAGAAAUGGACAAGGUAUCAUUUACGGAUCAAAAUAAGACUCUUGUUUCUCGAUUGAUGUCAGACAUCCACUUUUGUAUUGCGUUGGUGGAACACAACCCUGAUUUGUUGCUAGCAUUUUCCAACACUAUAAAUCAGCACAAGGAGGCGCUAAUCGACAAACUUCAAGAUGGCAAACUAUCAUCUGACACAUCCUCGGUGUUUGAAAACUUUUGUGGCACUUCUGCACCUUCCGAACUUCGUGUUUUACCCCCUGCGCAAGUCUGUACGAAGGGCAGCGGUAAGCGUAUUAAAGGAGGGAAGGAAGUUAGCAUUGAAGAAUCAAAGAAAACCAAACGCUUGUGUCGGACAUGCAAAGAAUAUGGCUUCCACGACAGCAGGAACUGUCCUAUGAACCAUGAGAAGUGAUAAGUCUGUUUUCCGGUUCCAUUUUUAUUGUUUAUUAAUGGUUCAGUUAUUUUUAUUCCAUGGUUCAGUUAUUUUUAUUCCAUUUAUAAGUCUCUGUUUUUUUCCAAUCUUUUGUAAUCCUGAAUACUUAUAAUCAAUUCCAAUGGUUGAA